AGUUUAAGCCUUAGAGCAUACGUUUCAAACAUUUGAAUAAUCUGCACAGAGAAAGGAAAUUAAACUCCUCGCUUUUCUGAUGAACUGUGGUGUCGUAUUGGGUUUCUAUUGCUGGGGCUGGGAGUUCUUAACUGCCCUUCUUCUUUUCUCCUCAAAUUAAUCUUCUUUUCCAUUCCUUUAUUCAUCUUUUCUUAUUUUAGUAUUUGUUUUUUUCUUUUUUUUUUUAAGGUUCUUUUUUUCAUGGUUUUAAUGGGGUCUGCAAGUAUGAUCAAUGACAAGAGUUUAUUAGAAUACGUUAGAAAAUCAACACCUCCUCCGUUUCUUCUGAAAACCUACAUGCUGAUCGAGGAUCCGGCGACCAACGACGUGGUGUCUUGGAACGGCGAUGGAACAGGGUUCGUGGUUUGGCAACCGGCAGAGUUCGCUCGGGAUCUUCUGCCGACACUCUUUAAGCACAGCAACUUCUCUAGCUUCGUUCGCCAACUCAACACUUAUGGAUUUCGCAAGGUUUCAACAGGAAGGUGGGAGUUUUGCAAUGACAUGUUUCGGAAGGGAGAAAGAGAGCUACUAUGCAACAUCCGCCGAAGGAAAGCAUGGACAAACAAGCAACAAAACGCAACGGCACCGAUUCAAGGCGUUGGCAACGUAGCGCAAGAACAAACGUCCGAUGAAGAUCAAGAUCAACGAUCAUCAUCGACUAAUUCAUCGUUGUCCGGGUACAAUUCCCUAAUGGAUGAAAACAAACGUCUGAAGAAGGAGAAUGGGGCGUUAAGCUCGGAGCUCAUAGGCAUGAAAAGGAAGUGCAAGAAGCUGCUGGAUUUGGUAGCAAAAUAUGCAAAUUCAGAGAAAGAAGAAGAAGACGAGAGGCCGAAGUUGUUUGGAGUGAGAAUAGAAGUCGAAGGAGAAAGGGAGAGGAAGACAAAGAGAGCUGAGAUUAGUGAAAGCGCAAGCAUUUUUCUAUCUCAGUCGUGCAAAUAAAUGUCGAAUUAAUAUUAUAAGAGCAGAUAUAAGUGUAAGACAAGGGAAAUGAGAAUGAGCGAAAAAGCUCAUGAUGAUCAAUUAAAUAAUUAUAAGUAAUUAUUCAGUUGUCUUCAGUGUUCUUCCUUUGGUACUUGUAAUUUGCGUGAAUUGAACAGUUUAUGAUGUGAAAUACGAUGUAAUUGACCUGAUAAUAGUUGAUUAAUUAAUGUUACAUUAUUUAAGACA